CACAGAAGAGCUGUCAAACCAGAUUCCGUUGUCAAACAAGGGGGAUUAAACAUAUACUGCACUGAGGAGAGCUGUUGUUGCCUCAUACAGGCAGUGGAAGUCUGUACCUGUGAGUCUCCCUUUGCUACUACGAACGAUGAGUUGUUUGACGGCUUUUUCAAAUCAGUUCCAGACUUUAAAGAAUCGGGUGUUAAAAGGGAACGUGGACAGAAACUCAUGCAGCGAGGAACAGCGUCACAGGCGGUCGGGGGGGAUUCCUCUGGCCAGGAAGAUAUGCUACGCUGUGGGUGGGGUCCCGUAUCAGAUUACUGCAGUAGCUAUAGGAGUCUCCAUGCAGAUUUUCCUUCUGGAUGUGGCACAGAUGGAGGCCUCCUACGUUUCCAUGAUUUUGUUUGCCAGCCGGGCCUGGGAUGCGGUGACCGACCCUCUGGUUGGAUAUCUGGUGAGCCGCAGUAAACAGACACCCGUCGGCAAACUCAUCCCAUGGCUGAUUCUUUCCACUCCAUUUGCUGUCAUGUCCUAUCUGCUGCUGUGGUUGGAGCCACGAGGCCCCACGUCUGUGCCUCUCAGUGUCCUGUGGUUCUUCACUGUAACCUGUCUGUUUGAGACCCUCAUGAGUUGCUACAACGUGCCCUACCUCUCCCUCAACAUGUUCCUGGGCGGAGACCAGAGAGACAGAGACUCUGCCACGGCCUACAGAAUGAGUGUGGAGAUGGUGGCAAUGCUGCUGGCCUCCAUCAUCCAGGGUCAAGUCGUGGCCGUGUACAACGCAGAGAAGCAGGAGGCUUGUCAGCAGCUGGACCAGAACCAUGACACGCCUCAAGGCACGUCGGCACCACAAGCCGCAUCACUUCGAGAAACGCAAAAGGCUUUCCUGACCUCAGGUCUGGUCGUGGGUGCACUGUUCUUCCUCUGCAGCCUGGUUCUCUUCCUCGGGGUGAAGGAGCAGCAGGCUCCCGUCUGCCCUGAUGACAAAGUGCGACCAUCUUAUUUGGCCUCACUGAAGAUGCUGAUGUGUCACGUUCCUUACCAGCGGCUGGUGCUCGGCUUUGUGUUUAGCAAUCUUGCAUUUCAGAUGUCCUGGAGUAAUUUUGCACUUUUCUGUAGCCAUGCAGCCGGACUGGGAGCCCACUUCCAAUACCUCCUCCUGGCUCUGUUGGCUUCUGCCUCAGUCGCAGUCCCGCUGUGGCAAGCAGUUCUUCUGAGAGUGGGAAAGAAGGCCACAGUUUUCAUUGGACUAUCACUCUUCAUCCCCGCUGUGCUCCUCAUCGCCUGUGUUCCCACUAACCUGCCGCUCUCUGUGCUGAUGUGUAUUUUGAUGGGAUUCAGCGUGGCGUCUGUGUUCUUGCUACCAUGGUCUAUGCUUCCAGACGUGGUGGACAACUUUGCCGUGAAACAUCCCUCCUGCAGAGACCUGGAGCCACUCUUCUUCUCCUGUUAUGCGUUCUGUAACAAACUGGCCGGAGGUCUGUCUGCUGGAAUCUCUACCAUGAUAUUACAGUUUGUGGGCUACAGAGCCGGCGCGUGUCACCAUGGCGAUGAAGUGGUAACGGCUCUGGUUGUGCUCUUCUCACCGGUACCCAUCGCACUUCUGCUGAUAGCGAUGGUCUUUUUCUGCUCCUACCCAAUCAACGAGAGGCACACACAGCAACUGACCACUGUCCAGCCUGAAGCUACAUCAUCAGAAAACAUAGAGCAGCCAACAGUUUUACAGCAGCUCUGUCCCGGGGUGAGGUCAUCAUCACAAAAUUACACAAAGACCAACACAUUGCAUGAGUCACGUUCCUCCCCCUGCUGCUACAGUCCUCGGCGCGCACUCCAGUCGUCCUCACCUUCAGAUGUUCGGAAUGAUUCUGCAGAAAACGGCAGAUGUAAAUCAGUCGUCCAGUCAGACGCACAUAAACAGAGACCUGACCGUCGAGAGCAUUCAAGAAAAGGAAGACUCGACAGAAAUUUGCCUGAGAAUGAGUCGGAGUUUUUCUCUAGAAGGACAAACAUGAGGUCCAAAGUGUCAUGGGUAUAAUAAUAAUAAUCACACAGUCUUAUAGUUUGACAUUAUUUGGGAAAUGCUUAAGCUACAGCCAGCAGCAUGUACCAAACAGCUAACUUUCCUUUUUUCCAAAGAUUUACACAACCUUCUCCUCAGGUUUGUCCUUGGUUGGAAAAAAAUGACAAAAUGUGUAUUGUAUUUGAACUGGAAUGACUAUCAUUUAGUGGGAUUUACUUCAUUUACAGAAGCUUCUAACUUAUAAAUAGAAAACAUUUGUUAAAGAUGUUAUACAUUGCUUGCAUUGCUUUGUUAAGAGUCACUCUCCUCUAUGUUUCCUCAAAUAAAUUGGGUUUGUUGUUCAUUUACAGUUUAAUUAAAUUGUAAUUGGACAGAGAACACUGGAAAGAUUAACCAAGGGUCAAACUGGGAGACUACUGCUUGGCAUUAAUUUUCCAGAGAUAUAAAAUGUGUCAAGCUGUAUUGUAAUUAUUGUCAUAAUUCUUUACAUGUUGUGAAUUCACUGUGUUUUAUAAUACAGUACUUUGUUAAAACGUAUUUCAGUGAUUGGCUGUCACUGAUGUUUUUACAAUACAGUCACAAUAAUGAUGAUAAUAAUGUGAUAAUGAUGACUUAUUUUAACUAGCAUCUUUAAAAGCCCAGUGAGUAAGCAUUUGUGACAUCUCCCAGUUCUUAAGAGCAUCAAGGAACUAUG